AUGGAAUCUACUGACGAUCUGAAUAAACGUUACGCGAACGCCUUAUUGCCAUUGACAGUGACAUUCGGCCUCUUCACGAUUUGCGGAGUCCUCGGGAAUAUUAUAGUUCUCGUCGCGUUCUCUCUGGGAAGAGCGAGUAGAAACAGCACAUUCCGGGUUUUCGUCAUUUGUCUGGCAAGUGUGGACUUGUUAACAAGCGCUAUUAUAUUUCCUUCCGAGAUGGCCAAGCACCGGAAUUACUACAAUUUCAAGAGUCUUCCGAUGUGUCGGGUGAAGGUGUUUAUCAAUACUUGGGCGGCAACCUCCGCAGCCUUUGCGCUGCUAGUGAUAUCUGUUGACCGGUAUAGGAAGGUGUGCCAUCCGCUGAAGACCCAGAUGACACAGAGAGUUGCCUUUUGGCUGUGUAUGGGGCUUACUUUAGUCGUUGCGUGUGUGGUUUCGACCCCUGGCCCGGUUAUGAGCAAAAUCCUGGAGACAAACAAAACUAACAUGCAUGGAACCAACACUACAGUGUACGUGUGUGGUAUGCAUGAGGAAUAUGAGAAUCACCCCCUGAGAUUCGUGUUCAACAUGACAUCCGUCGUUAUACUGGUCGGAGUAUCGGUAUCGACCGUAGUCAUGUAUUCCUUGAUCGCGUGUCAGCUCCGCCGGCACUGGGGAGCGUUUCCUGUCACAUUUCGCCAGGACUCCGGCAAGGAGAGCCACUCAGAAUUUACAUCUGAAUCUUGUCCUACACACUCGACAGUUACCGCCAAGUCUUCAAUGGACAGUGCGAAAUCUCAUGCAAUAAUGAAGGACAUACCACUAGAUGAUGUUAAAGACAAGGAUGGGACGUUAACGUCGAAAAGUGGUAGCCUUACAAGAACACCACCGCCACUACUGAAGCAAGGCAGCUCAAACAGUAUGGUGAAGGAAAAGGGCGUAUUUCGUAAAACGCUGCUUAACAAUCGUGGUGAAUCAUCGGUCAAAUCAAAGACAGGCAGCAUCUUUUCAACACGAAGCACGAUUUCUCGCCAGGGCUCUAGAACAGGGCUGCGACGAUUUCCGUACAAAACGCUGAUCUGGUUCAUUCUCACCUUGGUCUUCAUUCUUACCAACAUCCUUUCAAUCGCCCUGGCUUUCGUCUUCCCUCCCCAUAUCGUGAUGAACAUGCAUCCACAGCCCUACGCACUCUACUCCGCUUUCCAGAAGCUGUUCUACAUCAACAACAUUAUCAACUUCUUCAUCUACGCCAUAUUGGAUAAGCAUUUCAGACACGUGUGUAGGAAUAUCGGACCAAGACUUAAAGCCCGUUUUGCUGAGUGCUGGGAAUAA